AUGCCCCGGAAUAUAAGACAUGUUGUGGAUACUAAUCUCAUGGUCUAUGGUACUGCGAACGUCUGUGUUGUCGAUGCUUCUGUUUUCCGGUUCCAGCUUUGCGGUCACUUGAUGAGUACCCUGUACGCUGUUGCAGAGCGGGCUGCAGAUAUCACCAAGGCCGAGAAUCGCAGCAGACUCACCCGGAGGAUAUUUCUAAGGAUAACCAUUGAGAAACUCAGGAGGAAGCGCGUGCUGCUAGGAGCAUGGCGUAUGGGACAGACCUUCUGCAGCACUGGACAGGCAUUUACUUCGCGGAUCUAUCGCUGA